AUGGCGUUGCAGAGCUUCGGUGACAUAAACGCGCUUCCGGAGGGCUGCAUUGCCAACGUCCUCUCGCUCACGAGCCCUAAGGACGCCUGCCGGCUAUCGGCGGUCGUCUCCACGUUCGGCUCUGCCUCCCGGUCCGACGUCGUUUGGGGUCGGUUCCUGCCUUCCGAUUAUCGCGAGGUGAUUGCCGCCGUCAACGACCCUGAUGUCCUGCUUUCUCAAUUCCGUUCUAAAAUGGACCUGUAUCUGUACCUGUCUGAUCAUCCAAUUCUCAUCGAUGGCAGCCGCAAGAGCUUUUCAUUAGAGAAAAGCAGUGGAAAGAAAUGCUACAUGAUAGCAGCAAGAGAUCUCAUUAUCAUUUGGGGCGAUACUCCCCGAUAUUGGCGAUGGAUCCCUCUUCCCGAGUCUAGGUUCCCUGAGGUGGCAGAGCUUCUCACAGUGUGCAGGUUCGAAAUACGAGGCAAAAUUAGUACCAAGAUGCUUUCGCCCGGUACAUGCUACGUGGCAUACCUAGUUUUCACCCUUAGAGCGGAGACCACUGGAUUGUUCAGAGCGGAGACGAAUGGAUUGCAUAACAACCCGGCCGAGGUUUUUGUGGAGUUGACCGGUCAUGAGAGGGUAAAGAGCUGGGUGUUUAUAGAUUCGGACAGGUCCUACCAGCGGAUGGUGGAGAUUGCAGCUGAUGUGAAUGCUAAUGAUAUCAGGCAACCAACACCGAGGGGUGACGGGUGGAUGGAAGUCAAGUUGGGAGAGUAUUUUGUCGAGGGAGGAGAACACGCUGAUCUGGAGUUUGGCGUGCUUAGGAUGAGGCACGGUUACUGGAAAAGAGGGUUCAUUUGUCAGGGGAUUGAGGUCAGGCCAAAAGCCGCUGCCCUGCCCUCUUCAUCGGGACUUGCUUCCCGAAUUCGAACUUUCAUCCUCCGUGAACGAGGCCGGUAUAAGAGAGGUCCAUAUGGGUCCCGGCGCAACCCCAUUGACUCUUAUGCCACGGUCAACCAGCUGGAGGGAAAGGCCACGUAUUAA